CAAUCUUAAUUGGUGCAUAUGCGCAUGCGAAUUACAUAUACAUAACAUACAUGACAUGUAUAUAAUACAUAUUGUAUUAGUAUGUAACGAUGUCCUGAUAGAAUGUGAGGUUUGAUUAAUCGAUUGUUUCUUCAAGGAUAAAGGUCGCAUUCCUGCAUUUAAAUUCCCCCAGCCUUUCACCUUUCACUUUGAUCGUUUAUCCUUUUCUUUUUUUUUCGGCACAGAAUAUAAUAAUAUAAAAAAAAGAGAUCAUGAGAAAAAGGUGACUUUUGGAAAUGUCAACACUUAACGAUUCUCAAUGUGGUGGUAAAUGUGAAAGAACAUUAUAAGAAGAUAUGCUGAGAAGAAAAAGAAGAAUUAUAUACGUGCCCGGAUGGUUGGAGGGGCGGACAGACAUCGAUAAGAGAAAUCGAAUCAAGUUUAUUGCUACGUGGAAUUGUGAAAGUAAAGGUGUUGCGUUUAUGUCGAGUUAGGUUAGGUUUUAAUGGACAAGUUUUCUGUUCUUGCUUGCUCUUCCUGUUGUUGCAUACCUGUUGCUCUCGCACAUUCGUUUCGUUUACUUUAUCGACAACCCAUACAUACACACACAUACGCGUGCGCGUGUUCUCUUUAUAUUUCCUGUUAAAAAAGUUUUAUUAUCAAUCGUUUGAUAAAAAAAAUUAUAACAGAUAAUACUUAAGAGAUAACGGUAUUCCAUUGUACAGAAAACAUUCCUUAGUGUCAAACUAAAAUUAUCUCUUUGAACGAUCAUGGAGAAUUUGAAAAGUCAACUCGUGGAACAUGGUCAGGAACAUCUGUUACGAUAUUGGAAUGAAUUGUCGAAGGAAGAACAAGACACAUUGGAGAGAGAUAUUUCUGAUUUAAAUUUAAUUGAAUUAACAUCUUAUUUCGACAAAGCUACUGCAUCCUUAAAUGCAGUUAAUAAUAAAUUAGAUGAUAAAAUUAAACCAAUACCGGAUAGUAAGAUUGUAUUUGCUAAAGCAUGUACCAAUGAAGAAAUACAAAAUUAUCGUUCCUUGGGAUUGAAAGAAGUCGCAGAUGGAAGGGUUGCAGUUUUGUUGUUAGCUGGUGGACAAGGUACUCGUUUGGGUGUCACUUAUCCUAAAGGUAUGUUCGAAGUUGGAUUGCCGUCCAACAAAACUUUGUUUCAAUUACAAGCUGAAAGAAUACGCAGAUUGGAAACUUUGGCAGAAGAAUAUUGUGGGAAAAAAGGAGAAAUAUUAUGGUAUAUUAUGACCAGCGAAGCUACACACGAUUCUACUCUCAAUUAUCUCAAAGAAAAUCAUUAUUUUGGUUUAAAAGAAAAUAACGUAAAGGCCUUUAAACAAGGUAUGAUACCUUGUUUCACUUUAGAUGGAAAAAUAAUCUUAGAUGAGAAAUAUAAGAUUUCAAGAGCUCCUGAUGGUAAUGGUGGAUUGUACAAAGCGUUGAAAUUCGAAGGUAUUUUAGACGACAUGGUAAAACGCAAUAUUCGUAGUGUUCACGUACAUUCCGUAGAUAAUAUCUUAGUAAAAGUCGCAGAUCCUAUUUUUGUGGGAUAUUGUUUAUCAGUUAAGACGGAUUGUGGUGUUAAAGUUAUAGAAAAAUCUUCACCGUCUGAACCAGUAGGAGUUGUUUGUAAGAUCGAGGAUCAUUAUCAAGUCGUUGAAUACAGCGAAAUAUCUAAGGAAACUGCAGAAUUAAGAAGAGACGAUGGUAGACUGGUCUUCAAUGCUGCCAAUAUUUGUAAUCAUUACUUUACUGUAGAUUUCUUAUUGAAACUUGGUGAUAAGCACGAGUCAUCUGUUGAUUUGCAUGGUGCCAAGAAGAAGAUUCCAUACAUCGACGAAAACGGAAAAAGAUGCACACCAACGAGUCCUAACGGUAUUAAAAUAGAAAAGUUUGUUUUCGAUGUAUUUAAAUUUGCUAAAAAUUUUGCCGCUUGGCAAGGUGUUCGUGAAGAAGAAUUUAGUCCUCUUAAGAAUUCAGAUUCGGCUAAACAAGAUUGUCCAUCGACUGCUCGUCACGAUUUACUUCAGCUUCAUAAAAUGUGGUUGUUGAACGCAGGAGCUGAGAAAAUUAUUGGUGACGUUGAAGUUUCACCUUUGAUUUCAUACGCAGGAGAAAAUUUACAAAAUAUUGCCCAAGGUCAAUCAUUUGAUGGACCAUUCGUUGUCGAAUAAUUUUAAUCGAAUUUGUUUUUUUUUUUUUUUUUUUUUU